UCAUCAACCAAUCCAUAUUCUUCUCCAAUUGCAAAAUUUCCCACAUGUUGGCUCGCCUCAAUUUCUCCCCCAACCCCCCACCUCAACCAUCCGCGAUGCAACACGCCUCCAAUUCCCAAUCCCAGCCUCUAACGUCCCGCCGCGUUGCCGUCAUAGGGGCCGGCGCCGGUGGCCUCGUCAGCGCCCGCGAGCUCGGCCGCGAGGGUCACAGUGUCGUCGUAUUCGAACGGAGCAGUCAAAUCGGAGGAACCUGGGUUUAUUCGCCGGAAAUUGAAUCCGACCCACUUGGAGUUGACCCAAAUCGGACCCGAAUCCAUAGCAGCCUCUACAAAUCUCUACGCACAAAUCUCCCCAGAGAACUCAUGGGGGUUCGCGAUUACCCGUUUGUGCCCAGAGAAGGGGAAGGUCGGGACCCGAGGCGAUUUCCGAGUCAUCUAGAGGUUUUGAAGUAUUUGGAAGAUUUCGCGAAUGAAUUUGGGAUUUGUGAAUUGGUGAGGUUUGGAACUGAGGUGGUUUCUGCUGGGUUGGUGGAGGUUGGGAAAUGGAGGGUUCGAUUUAGAUGUGAAGGUGGGGAUGUUGAUGAUGAGAUGUUUGAUGCUGUGGUUGUUUGUGUUGGGAAUUAUUCACAGCCUCGAGUGGCAGAGAUUCCUGGGAUUGAUGAAUGGCCUGGGGAGCAAAUUCAUAGUCAUAAUUAUCGUGAUCCCGAACCAUUUCGGGGUAAGGUUGUUAUCUUGAUAGGUUUCUCUUCAAGUGGCACGGACAUAUCUCAGGAGCUCCUUGUGGUUGCCAAAGAAAUUCAUAUUGCUUGCAGAUCAGCUAAAACAGGGUUUUUGCUUGCAGAAUCAGUUAUUAGUAAAGUGUCAUUCCACCCAAUGAUCAAAAGUGUCCGUAAAGACGGGACGGUGGUUUUUGAAGACGGGUGCGUCGUCUCGGCUGAUGUUAUUCUGCACUGCACUGGGUACAAGUAUCAUUUCCCUUUUCUUAAAACAAAUGGCAUUGUUACUGUGGACGACAACCGUGUCGGGCCUCUAUACAAGCAUGUCUUCCCACCAGCCUUGGCCCCGGGACUUUCGUUUGUCGGGUUACCAUUUAAGGUUGUUCCUUUGCCCAUGUUUGAGCUUCAAAGCAAUUGGGUUGCUGGUGUUUUAUCAAAAAGGAUUGCACUUCCAUUGAAAGAGGAGAUGUUGGCAGAUGUUAAGGCUUUUUAUGAAGAUCUUGAAGCUAAUGGCAAGCCUAAGCAUCGGACCCAUGAGAUGAGUGAUUGUAUGGUUGAGUACUUUAACUGGCUUGCUGCAACAUGUGGCUGUCCAGCCUAUGAAGAAUGGAGAAAGGGAAUGUACGAUUACACUCACGUUAACAAAAGGGCUAAUCUCGGAUCGUACCGUGAUGAUUGGCAUGACGACAAGUUGAUUCAUCAAGCUUACGAGGAGUUUAGGAAGUAUACUACAAAUGGAAGAAGUGAAGACCCAGCACAUUUGAAUGUUUGAUGAGAUUGGUUUGGGUCUUACAAAUGAUAUCAGCUUAUAGCACAUCGUUGAAUUGUAUAUUUUUGUUGUCUGUAAUAAAUGUCUUAUUUGCUAUGUAAUAUCUUAUUUGAUAUGUAAUAAAUGUGUUAUUUACCGAGUAUUGUUAAAA